AUGUGGAUGAUCAUCAAAAUUGGAAUUACACUUCCACUCGACAGCUCGGGAAAACCACCUUCUUGCGAGAACUGGGAUACAAGCAUAAUCAAGAAAGUUAAGGCCAAUGCCAAAGCAACCUGCACCCUUCAAUGCGGCCUAACCAAGGAGGAGUUAAACCGAGUCGGCCCGUUCUUAAGCUCAAAAGAGCUAUGGGAAAAAUUGAUUGAGCUACAUGAGGGCACUUCUGAUACAAAGGAAAGUAAGUUAGCGAGCCAACUUCAUGCUCGUAUACAAGACCUCCUCAAUGACCUCCAUGCCAUCGGAUAG